AUGCCUCGAACAAAGCGCACUUUGGUCGAUGCCGACCCCAAUUCCGAAUGUUCGAUGCCCCAAAAAUCUUCCAAGGGGAAAGAGAGGGCUACCAGCGGUUCAGCGGAAACCACCAUUGCAAACAGUAUCGAUGCAUCAAAUGAAGGAACCGAGGACGAUAAUGCCUUUAGUGAAACUAGCUGCUCACAUCUAGGGUCUUCGUCACUUCGUAAAUGCUCCUCUUUGAAUACUAACCCCCCGACCGUGAACUCUGCAACUGAACCAAAGUUCAUUUUUAUCUGUCGACCCCACUGGGACAUUGGAGCAGAGCAGCUUGAUAUGGAAUACGAGACUCCUGACGAUGAAGAUACGUCCCCCGCUGACUUCGUCUGCAAGGCUUCGGUAAAUGAUCGCUCUGAAUGGGCUUGGACUAUAACCGAGGCAGGCCUGAGGAAGUACGAACAGCUAGAGAAACAGGCUCUCAAUCGUGAUCAGGAUGCGCAAGGCCUGUGGAUUUACAACGAUUACACUGCCUAUGGAAUCAAUGAGGUCGUUGACAAUUGGCUAAAAGACUUCAACACAGAGGUUUCAAGGAGAACAGUGUCUCCAUAUGCUGUAUGGGCCGAACUUGAAGCUGUCUCUAUGUUUUUACAGCUGGAUUACAUUGAUAUCUGGUUUCAGGGCGAUGACUGUCGCGGAUUCGCUGAAACAAUUGCCCUUGUUGGCAAGGCUCUCUUGACUGGCCUCCAUAUAUUAAAGAACCACCAGCUACUCAAUCCCUAUCAGCCUGAGAAUGGCGGGCUUAGGAACAUUUCAAUUGUUUUGGCAAUGUUCGUUCAGUUUGCCCGAUCGUGGACCAACAUAGCUGGCGACCAUUUCGGAGAGACGAAGUGGGUGCCGAAGCUUGGGGAGCUGGCGAAGGAAAACAGCAUCGAGAUCAAGGGGUCUUACAAGUUUCACGAGCGCCACCAAGAGUUACUUGAGCCUGAGGAAGACUCGAGUCCCCGUAACGAGCUGAAGAAACGGAAGAAGAAAAUUCACUUUUCGGAAGGUACCUGGGGAAUCGUGUCCCUUGUGGACGCUGAUUCGGAUGACGAUGAUGACAUUAAGGACAAUGGUGACUAUUCAGUAAAGGGGUGGAAAGAUUCAUUCAAAACCUACGCGAAAGGUCACAUUCGAAGCGGGAGGAAGACAAUCGGUGGCACACAGUAUGAUAUCACUAAAAUGUCCAAGUUUGAGAAGAAGAGGUUCCAGUUGGGAGGAGAAUCAGGUUUCUAUUUUUGA